AUGGGGCGCUGCCCCGACGUGUUCCCGCACCCUGAGCGCUAUGAUCCGUGGCGCUGGCUCGGCAAAGAUGACACCACCUUCAAGGCCUUGGCUUUCGGCUUCGGCGCACGCCAGUGCAUCGGGCGGCGCCUGGCCGAGGCCGAGAUGAUGCUGUUCCUCAUGCACGUCCUGAACAACUUCACCAUCGAGGCCGUGUCCACCGAGGACGUUCCCACCGUUUUCCGCUUCAUCCUGAUGCCCGAGAAGUCACCACUCUUGACCUUCCGUGCCCUCGACUGA